AUGGACAAGAAAAGCAAAAUGCAAGCGGAGAAGCACCUCACGGGAACGCUGGUCCUCUCCGUCUUCACCGCGGUGUUGGGCUUCUUCCAGUAUGGCUACAGCUUGGGUGUCAUUAACGCCCCCCAGAAGGUGAUAGAAGCCCACUAUGGGCGUGUGCUGGGCAUCACCCCCCUGCACAGACAUGCCACCAACGCCUCCGGGGAGGAUGGCACCGUCCCCAUCCCCGUCACAGAGCCCUGGGCUGGCACCGAGGACCCUCUUGCACCCCGGGCUGACUCCGGCGAGGACCUCGCCGCCACCCCGCACAUGCUCACCAUGUACUGGUCCCUCUCCGUCUCCGUGUUCGCCGUGGGAGGCAUGGUCUCCUCCUUCACCGUGGGGUGGGUCGGCGACCGGCUGGGGAGGGUGAAAGCCAUGCGGGUGGUGAACGUCCUCUCCAUCGCUGGGAACCUCCUCAUGGGGCUGGCGAAAUUUGGGCCGUCUCACAUGCUCAUCAUCGCCGGGAGAGCAGUCACGGGGCUGUACUGCGGGCUCUCCUCUGGACUCGUGCCCAUGUACGUCAGCGAGGUCUCGCCCACGGCCCUUCGAGGAGCGCUGGGGACGUUGCACCAGCUUGCUAUCGUCACGGGCAUCCUCAUCAGCCAGGUCCUCGGACUAGACUUUCUCCUGGGCAACGACGAGAUGUGGCCCCUGCUCCUCGGUCUGUCCGGUGUGGCUGCCCUCCUGCAGUUCUUCCUGCUCUUACUGUGCCCCGAGAGCCCCCGAUACCUUUACAUCAAACUGGGGAAAGUAGAGGAAGCUAAAAAAAGUUUGAAAAGGCUCAGAGGCAACUGUGACCCAAUGAAAGAGAUUGCUGAGAUGGAAAAGGAAAAGCAAGAAGCUGCUAGUGAAAAGAAAGUCUCCAUAAGUCAGCUUUUCACCUCGUCGAAGUACAGGCAGGCUGUCAUCGUGGCGCUGAUGGUGCAGAUAUCUCAGCAGUUCUCAGGAAUCAACGCGAUCUUUUACUACUCUACAAACAUUUUCGAGAGAGCUGGAGUUGACCAACCAGUUUAUGCAACCAUUGGCGUUGGAGUGGUGAACACAGUCUUCACUGUUAUCUCCGUCUUUCUGGUGGAGAAGGCGGGCAGGCGGUCCCUGUUCCUGGCUGGUUUGAUGGGCAUGUUAAUAAGCGCCGUGGCCAUGACAGUUGGACUUGUGCUCCUGAGCCAGUUUGCCUGGAUGAGCUAUGUCAGUAUGGUGGCGAUCUUCCUCUUCGUCAUCUUCUUUGAAGUCGGGCCCGGGCCCAUCCCCUGGUUUAUUGUAGCCGAACUGUUCAGCCAAGGCCCGCGCCCCGCCGCCAUCGCCGUCGCCGGCUUCUGCAACUGGGCCUGCAACUUCAUCGUGGGAAUGUGUUUCCAGUACAUAGCGGAUCUGUGUGGACCGUACGUGUUUGUGAUCUUCGCGGCUCUGCUUCUAGUCUUCUUUCUGUUUGCACACUUCAAAGUACCAGAGACGAAAGGAAAGUCCUUUGAGGAGAUCGCAGCUGUGUUCCGCCGCAAGAAGCUCCCGGCCAAAGCCAUGACUGAGCUGGAAGACCUGCGUGGCAGUGAGGAGGUGUAGACAUCGCCGUGCACCCAGAAAGGAGGGACCGAGCAUGGACCUCCUUCAGGCGCCGUGGGAAGAACAUUGGGCAAAAGUCUCAUUUCACAAAAACCUCGCAGCUGGCAGACCAAGAGGACCCGGCCAUCUGAUGCCUCCUGGCUGCUGCGAGCCACAGAUGCUAACCCGGUGUUUUACUCUGAAAUACUCGGCACAACUGGGCUGCGGGAAAACCCAGGGGAAGGACGGGAAGAAUAUGUUACGUGUGUGUCUCCAUGCCUCGUUGGAAGAGCCCAGCGGGACCAUGAUCAUACCAGCUGGCAAAGCAUCACUCUGAGCAGGGUCAUCACUCAGCUGGAAUGAAGGAAAGAGGCGUCAGCUGAUGCUGUGGCCUCACGUUUCCACCUUUUCAUCCCCUGCUUGCUGCUUGCUUCUGCUGAGUGAUCUGAUGCCCUGAGAAACCAACUGCUAGCGCAGUUGUGCCACCAGCACACAGCACUGAGUGCCCGAGGUGCUAAGGAAAACAGACUGAGCAAACUCCCCCUUAUCCUGACUGUGCAAAGGAAGAAGGUGGAUCCCACCUCAAUCGGUUGGGAUGCUCCUCGCUUGCUUUGCUAUCUGCACAUUAUGGAAAUGCUGUCCAAUCUCAUCUGGAUUUCUCAAGUCACAACAUUUUUAGGAGAAUCUGAGAAACUCUGGCUGAACUGAUGUGCAUUUUUUUUUUUUCUUUUGGUUCAGCCAGACUAUUUACCUGCUCUUUCCACCUAGGAAGCCUCUCCUCCCUCCCUCAUCCCUGCACAAGACACAGCACGUCACUGACCACACAACGGGCACCUCCUGACCCCCAGGUCAGGAGACACGAGUCCUGCUGCCAUCCCUCCCACGGUGUGACCACCACCAGGUCACCUCCCCUCACUGUCCCCCCCUCCCCACCCUCUCCGUCUGCCUUCCCUUCCUUUUGUACAAUGCUUGGAGCCACAGGCGCCAGCUUCAGCCGAGGCCUCGGGCUGCCCGUAC